CACUGCGAGAAGCCAGACAGCUGGAGGCCGAACAUCAGACACGACUACGCAACAUCCACACGCAGAUGGAGAGACUACGACAACAGGAGCACAACCUACAGCAGGAGCGUCUGAGGAUGACAGAUCAUCACAGAGACAUGGAGCGACUGAGACACACUCUUCCCGUCCAUCCGGGGACGUCAGCACCUCUCAUCACAGAUUUCUCUCCAGCGUUAGCCAGCACACACCUGACCCCCGCUGUGAAUCCGCUGCCCGCUGAACUACACGCUUGCCUCACCCUCAUCAAACACACCGCUGAGAAGGUACAGAAACACACGUUCACUUCAGUUCCCCAGUGA